AUUUAUUUGCCCAACGAACAAGAUGGAGCAAGGUGAAUUUAGUGUUUCCUAACAGGGGGCGGCCGACGGCGUGAUCUGGUAUGCAGUGGCGGAAACUGGCGCGCUCCAAGAUCACAUCGGGUCGCUCGCGUACGCGCAACAUGCUCUGCUGCGGUCGCAGAAAGGAAAAUGGGAGAGAAGUUCCGGACAUUACGGCAUCCCCAGGUCGGGCGCCACCAGUACCAGCCACAAGACCACGGGAUCCACCUCCUAUGGUCAUCCAGGGGGAUUUUCGGAAGGUAUCAGGAAUCAGUACUGAAAUAUUCCGUCAGAUAGAACAAGUUGAAAAUGAUCAUGACGCAACCACUGCGGCAGCCCUAGAGGCUGUGGAACGUCGUGGUGAAAUGAUUGUCCGAAUUCUGGAUCCACGACACAUGGGACGGACGGCAAAUGAAUCAGCAAAACGUUUUCUUACAUUGCAAGAUGCAAAACAUACCGUUCAAUUUGUGGAAAUCGUGAAAAGACCUGGACAAACAUUAGGCUUAUAUAUACGUGAGGGAAAUGGCAUCGAUCGUAAUGAUGGUGUGUUUAUAUCACGAAUUGCGCUUGAAAGUGCCGUUUACAAUAGUGGAUGCUUAAAAGUAGGAGAUGAAAUUUUGGCUGUUAACUUGGUAGACGUAACUCGUAUGAGUUUGGACGAUGUAGUUAUUAUCAUGUCGAUUCCACGACGUUUGGUGCUGGCUACCAGACAACGUAAAGGAUCAAAAGGUGGAGUCGGUUCGCCAAGUUUACAGCCAAGAUCCGAACAUAAACCACCGCCAGUGGUUGUGAUCAAGCGUGAAUUGCGUGAUGACGAAAAUGAUGAAGUCGAUGAUGGAUCGCAUCCUUCUAAUCGGGAUUCGAUACGACAACGACACACAGGUGAUGGACGUGAAAUGAGUGAAUCACGAUCACGAUUAGGUUUAGGGUUAACUGGAUUUGAUUCACGGCACACAACACCACAAGACGAUCGUAACGGGCUUGUUGAUUUGUAUUAUAAUUCACGUCCACCAGAUUCUAGUAGUAGUUCGUGGGGCUAUCAACCACCUCCACCUGUUAUAACUGAACAGCCCAAAUCCAGUAUUCAACACUUCCAGCCAUAUGAACGACAAUAUCCAAAAACACUUGAAAGUCUUGCAGAAAAAGUGCAUCCAUUUUAUACAGGCCCUGUAUUACCAUCUAACGGUAGAAGAAUGUCUGCUGGAGCACAGCCAUUAUCCGGAAGAAUAACACCAAGUCGAGAUGGUGGGGCAAGUCAUUAUUAUGUUCAACAUGGCGCAACAGGCUCUAGAAGACUGAUGCCCAGAUCGGGCUCCGACCAACAUCUUCCACGUGUGGAAUACUCCGACUACACAAGUAUAACUCAAGCUGGGCGACAUAGUUUAUUAAGAAGUAGUUUAAAAUCAGGCUCAACGCUAAGUCGGUAUAAUCAACGGUAUGGUCAAACUGAUGCACAAUUAGUGAGCCAAAGUAAAUAUGGAACAAGUGGCGCAGGAACGGGUGCUGGGCAAUAUAGCGGUGCAAGUGGAACACUAACACGUCGUAAUCGUCCUAGUUUGGAUUAUUCUAGCGAUACAGAAGCCACGUGUGGACCACGAUCGUCUAGUUAUUACUAUUAUAAUAGAAGUCAAAGUUCUGUACCGCACAGCACAAUACCUACAUUAGCUAGAACUAGCACAUUGACGUCUUCUGACAUCACGACCAAAUUCAACUCACUACCUCGAGAUACAAGGGGAUCUACAAGAUUGCAAAUGAAAAGAUUUGGAGAUCGUACAGGAGUUUCAACACUAUUACAAGAUGAUUCUGAUGGCGCCUUGUCUGCACCAGAAAUGCCCUCAAUACGUAGGGACAGAGGACGUUUUCCAUCCUCACCAAGUGUGUUCACAUCAGAUGAGUAUCGAGCCUGGUUGAGUCGCACCCCAUCGACCAGCGCUAUUUACGAACAGAUCCGGGCCAGUCGAGAUGUAUUGAACCAACAACGAGCUGCCAGAUUUACAUUCAGUGCCGAAAAUAUUCAUGAUGCUCUCAAACAGACUGAAUCUUAUUAUGGAGCAUAUGGAGCACGGCCAGCAGUAACGUCAACGCUAGAUCGACAUUUCUCAUCACGAAGUCAACAACCAAGUAUUCCUUCAAGAUCGUUAUCAAGUCAACAUAUCACUAGUUCAACGUCAGCAUUAGGCUCAUCUAGAUCACCGUCAAUGAGGCGGAUGCGUAAUUUAUUAGAAUUGGAACAAAGUCGUCUAGGUACGACGGCAGGAUUACCAAGUCCUGGUCCAGUUCCUACACCUAGUACCACACUUCCUAGAUCACAUACGAGGCAAAUUGAUAUUAAUCCUGCCGAAUUCUUAAAAUAUAAACUGGAAAAACCAGUAGGAAGUGUUAGUGGAAUGUUAUGGGUACAUUUAUUAGCUGGGCGAGGACUACGUGCGCCUUCUGGUAGUUCAGCAGCAACCACGCCAGUAACACCAAGUGGUGGAGCACCUUCUUCGAUAAGUGGGAGUACUGGAUUACGUGAUUUAUAUUGCGUAUUAGAAUGUGACCGUGUCCAUAAAGCGCGAACAGUGGUUCGAACUGGUGACUUGGUGUUUGAUUGGGAUGAAAGUUUUGAAUUGGAUUUAGUAAAUAAUAAAGAAUUAGAUUUAUUAAUCUAUAGUUGGGAUCCCCAAUAUCGGCACAAAUUAUGUUAUAAAGGAUCUGUACAUUUAGAAAGUUUAUUGAAAAAUAGUCCAAUUCAUCAACUUGCCCUUAAAAUUGAACCAAGGGGUACACUUUACUUAAGACUGCGACACACGGAUUCAAUUCAAUUAUAUCGUAGGCGAGGUUUACCUAGUUUAACUUUAUCGAGAACUUCCAAUCCUCCAUUAUUUGGUGCUGAUCUUGAAACUGUGGUGACAAGAGAAGCGAAAACUGGUGGAGUGCCUGGUGGUGUCGCUACUAGCUUAGCAAUGACGAAUACACUCCAGGUGCCCAUCAUUAUAAAACGUUGCGUUGAAGAAAUCGAACGACGCGGACUUGAUAUAAUCGGCUUAUACAGACUUUGUGGAUCAGCAACCAAAAAACGAAUACUACGAGAAGCGUUUGAAAGAAAUAGCCGUUCGGUGGAUCUCACUCCAGAUAAUGUUCCUGAUAUCAAUGUAAUUACUGGUGUGCUCAAAGAUUAUCUACGUGAGCUUCCCGAACCACUAUUCACUAAGUGCUUGUAUCAAAUGAUGGUUGAUGCGCUCGGUGUAUGUCUUCCCGAUGAUCCUGAAGGAAAUGCAAAACUGAUGUUUUCAAUUUUAGAUUGCCUACCACGUGUUAAUAGAGUAACCUUAAUAUUUUUAAUGGAUCAUUUGGCAAUGGUCGUAUCAAAUUCGGAUCGAAAUAAGAUGUCCGCACAAAAUUUAGCUAUUGCAUUAGCACCUCCGUUAAUGUUGCAUUCAGCAACAGAUGCCACUGGAACGGCCCCGUUAUCCCUGCAAUCAAUUGAUCUUGAUUACAAUCAACCAAUCAAUGUGCUCAAAUAUCUUCUACAGAUAUGGCCUGCACCAAAAACAACCCAGUCAGGUCGGCGCGCCAGGCCAGUCGGGCCGCGUGGAGACACUCGCAGUGUGUUGCAAGCGGGGCCCCAAGCUCCGGCUGUGGCAGCGCUCCGAGGCCCCCAUCAGCCCUCAGCGGUUCAGUCUCAAGUAGUUCCUCGCUCAGCUCCAUCGGGAAUGCGCGUCCAAUCGCAGGCUCCGGUACAAUCACUGCAGACACCCGGCCAAUCAUCAGUCAACAAAGGUGCUUACCGCCCUCUCUCACCUCGAGUAGGGCCCAUCAGUCAGCCAGUCGCUCCCAAAUCACGGCAGGUGAUAGUCUCGUCUCCAGGUUCGCCAAGUAGUAGUAGUGAUUCACAAUCGGGAUCUGAUACAAUCAAACAUAAUAUACCAAGUCGUGUGAAUUCACCAAACCCACGCCAAUCACCAUCUAUGCAAUCAUUAAGUCGUGCAUCUCCAAAUGUUGGACGUAAUUCACCAAGUUUAGGACGUGCUUCACCUAAUUUGGGACGUGCAUCCCCGUCGAAUAACCAUUUGGGUCGUAACUCACCAAACAUUGUUGCCCGUUCAUCCUCGCCUGCGAUGCAAGCAAGUAAUGCUGGUCUAGCUGUCACAAUGAAUGGACCUAGCACUUUAUCGGCAUUACAGACAACAAUUAGUAAUAUAAAUACAACAGCUAAUAAUAUUUUUAUGUCAACAAACUAUCAAGCACAACCACCAAAUCUUAAAUUUGUCAGUACUAAUCCAUUUUUGACAGGAGCAUAUUUAACUGAUGCUUAUGACACAUCACCAUAUAGCACGGCUCAAUCUAUACCCACAUCAAAAUAUAAUACAAUUGGCUCCAAAAAUGAUAUCCAGAAAUAUGGCAGCUAUGACUAUAGUGUAGAAACAUCCAAAUAUAAUACAUUAGGUCCAAAAAGCCAAUAUAUGAGCCAAGCUGAUACACAAAUGCAAUACACAUACUCCACGCCACCUACAAUGACCAGCAGCCACAACACAUACACAAGUGGAGGGGGUAACAAUGGAAAAUAUAAUACAAUUGGAAGUCAAUUUAAAUACGAUAUUCAGUCAGAGGAUGGCACCAAAUAUGGUAAUAAAAUGAAACAAACAUAUGAUCAUCAACAAAUUUCAACAUCCCAAGCUAGUAGUCAGGGUGGUGGAGGUACCAAUAGCGGUUUACUAGGCGUUGAAGAUACACCAACCCCGACGAGUAGCAUUGAAACAGAAGAUAGUAACACUCGUGAAGUUGGGGAGAAAGAUGUCGAAGGAGAUGCUGAACAAAGUGAUUAAAGUGGGCGAAAUUCUACUAUUCGAAUCGGAGCAACGAAACUUGGAAGUGAGAAAGAAGUUAUGCAAAAGAGAAGAUAAA